GAUGUAGGUGUGAUGAAUACUCAGUGUAGAUCCUGAGCUGCAUUCUGCCAGUGGCUAGACUCUUUUGUACAGUUACUAUGGCUAAGCUUGCCCUCUGCUAUUUGCUUGCUUUUGCAGCUAUAGCCCAUUUCACUGAUGCCUACGAUUGGAAGACCUGGAACCUUGCUACGCAAGUAAAAAGUAUCUCCUGGGAGAACUGUGAUUCGGGAAAGCUUCCAGGCACAAUCAAAAGUCUGUCCAUUAGCCCUGACCCUGUAUCCAUCCCAGGAGAAGUGGUCGUCUCAAUGGUACUGAACACCGAAGUCCCUCUAAGCUCUCCACUCCAGAUCAAAAUUACUGCAGAGAAGGAGCUGUUUGGCGAUUGGCUGGCUGCCCCCUGUAUUGAUAAGUUUGGCAGCUGCACCUACACUGAGGUUUGCGAUCUGCUGGAUGCUUUCUUUAAGCCAGGACAGCAGUGCCCAGGACCCCUAAAGACUUAUGGACUUCCCUGCCAUUGUCCAUUCAAAGCUGGUUCCUACAGUCUCCCCACAACCAGUUUUAAGAUACCCAGCUUCUCUCUACCAUCAUGGCUUGCUGAGGGCAACUACAGAGUUACUGGAAUUCUCAGCCACAACAAUCAGGAAAUUGGAUGUGCCAAAUUUACUUUCACUCUGGCCGAACCCUCCUCCUGGUGGUGGUAAGAAGGAUGCCUAAUUCACUGGAACAAAGAAGACAUUUUAUCACUUACUUGAUUAACCUUCAUCUCAUCUAUGACAAUACUAGACUCUACCCUUGCCAGCCAGCAUGGUCCCUGCCUUCCCCAUUGGUGCCUGCACAUUAAACUGAGACUAAUAAUGCAGAUUUUAUAUGGCUGUCUUCAGUGCAAUAUAGCUUGGAAAACCAAUUAGAACAGUUGAUUUGUCCACUCCGGGAUCAGUUACCUAUGGAUUAUUUUGUGAGACCACAGAACACCCAUCUUUAGACUUACAAAAAAAAAACGAUUUUCCUUAAUGUGCGCCACCACAGCCCCCCUCCCAACAUGCACAGUUGUCAUUUAUUUUCUCUACUUUUUCCUUUCGAAAAGUCCGUUCUGCCAACAAAACAAAAUGAACUACCUCCCUUGCCUCUCACUUGCUAUAGAAGAUCCUACGAUCCUGCCACCUCAACACCACAAAAGUGUCUCCAUAUGUCAUGUGUGCAGGAGGCAUAAACAAAUAUAUGGCUGAAUUACAGAAUUUCUUUAAUUUGUUCAUUAACCACUUGCAAUACGGCAAUGCGUCGCUUUAACUGACAAUUGCGCGGUCGUGCGCUGCUGUACCCAAAUGCUAUAAACAA